GCGGAGAAGACUCCUGAAGCCAGGGAUGGGGGGAGCUUGGGAGAGCCUCAGACCAUAUUGGGGGCGCCUGGCUUCCAGAACCGCCGAGCUCCGCCCCCGCCGCUCUGGGGGCGCGCCCAGGCCUGAGGCGGCCUUCAGAGUCUCCGAGGCCACGGCCCCGGCCGUCCGCGACCACUGACCCCCAGCCCACGGCUCGGCGCUGAGAUAGGCCCCAACCCUGCCCGGUGUGUGUGUUGGUGGCAGGGGAAGCCCACCUCCAGCAGCCCCCACGCCACACUCCCGCAUCCCCCGCAGCCAGGAGUGGUGCGUCCCGGGCCCGCCCCCAGACGCACGACGCAAGGGGGCGUGGCGCCCGCCCCGUCACGUGACGGGGGAGUGACCUCGCCGCUCCGCGCCAUGGGGGCUUCGGACCCGGAAGUGGCGUCCUGGGCUCCCGGCGGUGCCGCGGGGAUGGCGGGAGCCGGAGCUGGAGCCGGAGCUCGCGGCGGGGCGGCGGCGGGGGUCGAGGCCAGGGCUCGCGACCCGCCGCCCGCACACCGCGCGCAUCCGCGCCACCCUCGGCCGGCGGCGCAGCCCUCGGCCCGCAGGAUGGACGGUGCGUCCGGGGGCUUGGGCUCCGGGGACAACGCCCCGACCACCGAGGCUCUUUUCGUGGCGCUUGGUGCAGGAGUGACGGCGCUCAGCCACCCGCUGCUCUACGUGAAGCUGCUCAUCCAGGUGGGCCAUGAGCCGAUGCCCCCCACCAUUGGGACCAAUGUGCUGGGGAGGAAAGUCCUCUACCUGCCGAGCUUCUUCACCUACGCCAAGUACAUCGUGCAGGUGGACGGGAAGAUAGGGCUGUUCCGAGGCCUGAGCCCCCGGCUGAUGUCCAACGCCCUCUCCACUGUGACCCGGGGCAGCAUGAAGAAGGUUUUCCCUCCAGACGAGAUCGAGCAGGUUUCCAACAAGGAUGACAUGAAGACUUCUCUGAGGAAGGUGGUGAAGGAGACCUCCUACGAGAUGAUGAUGCAGUGCGUGUCGCGCAUGCUGGCCCACCCCCUGCAUGUCAUCUCAAUGCGCUGCAUGGUCCAGUUUGUGGGACGGGAGGCCAAGUACAGCGGCGUGUUGAGCUCCAUUGGGAAGAUUUUCAAAGAGGAGGGCCUGCUGGGAUUCUUCGUCGGCUUAAUCCCUCACCUCCUGGGCGAUGUCGUUUUCUUGUGGGGCUGUAACCUGCUGGCCCACUUCAUCAAUGCCUACCUGGUGGAUGACAGCUUCAGCCAGGCGCUGGCCAUCCGGAGCUACACCAAAUUUGUGAUGGGGAUUGCGGUGAGCAUGCUGACCUACCCCUUCCUGCUGGUCGGCGAUCUCAUGGCCGUGAACAACUGCGGGCUGCAGGCUGGGCUCCCUCCUUACUCCCCAGUGUUCAAAUCCUGGAUCCACUGCUGGAAGUACCUGAGUGUGCAGGGCCAGCUCUUCCGAGGCUCCAGCCUGCUUUUCCGCCGGGUGUCAUCAGGAUCGUGCUUUGCCCUGGAGUAACCUGAAUCACCUAAAAAACAAACCAUGCUAUCUCAGCCUGGCCACCGCGGGUGAGGCCUGAUCAUCUCGGGGCACCUGUCAGACAACCACCCCAGCAUCACCUAGAUGUGCUCUAGCACGCUGGGCUUCAGUUUCCAUGUUUCCCAUGUGUCUCUCCAGAAGCAGGGCCUGGGUGAGGGUGAGGCUGUGUCCAGUGGCCUGGGCAUUGUUGGGCCCGGGGAAGGUGGGGUGAGGCUGGGGAGUGGGGGCCCAAUCCACUUACUCUGCAGAUUUCCCCAGUCAGCCUCGUGCAGGGGGCCAGAGACGGGCUUGCGGAGGCCCACGCUGGAUAGGCACAGGCUCCUGAGGUCAGGUGGCACUGCCCACUCACACCCCUCACAUCAGCCCCAGCAGUCAUCCUGCAGCUCAGCUGGGGGCUUCGUGCUCUUGCUCUGUAAAUAGGGGGUGAUCCCCUUUCAGGAGGCUGCCGUCACGUCCAGCUAGGAGGCUGUCUUUGUUUUUCUCAACACUACUUGUCUGAUUAAGGCAGCACCUUCUAAAUGGGAAAUCAUGUGUCUGCUCAGAAUGUGUUCCCCUCGCCAUCAAGUUAAAGGCUCGUCGGUUUAAUGGUGACUCCUCAUGUGCAGGGUAUGGUUAUCUGUGCAGUUGUGAACACCCAGAUGUUAGGCAGAUCAGUGUCUCUAGUCAUAUCCAGUUUAAAGUUCCUAAUAAGAUCUGACCCUUUCUCCCGCAAAUAAAUGCAUCGGUGGUGAUUUGGAA